AAAACCCAGUCAUAAAUUCAAAUCGUUACCACAAACAUCAUGAAACGUUCUUUUUUCACAAAUGUUCGCGAAUACUUUCGCGAAUAUUGCAAUCGGACGAGUGUGCACGGCUUUCAGUAUUUUGGCGAAAAAAAGCGAACAAUUUUCGAAAGAAUAUGGUGGUUUAUCAUGUUUUCUGCAUGCUUGGCGGCUUGCACAUUUUCAAUUUACGCCGUUUACAAAAAAUGGGAACGAAGUCCUGUAAUUGUAAAUUUUGCAAAUCGGGGAACACCGAUUUACGAAAUUCCUUUUCCUGCAGUCACGAUUUGUCCUGAAGCAAAAUCAGAUCAAAAUUUGUUCAAUUUUACGAAACUUAUGCACAAGUUGGAAGAUGACAUUGCUUUGACGCCUGACGAAGCGGUCAAGUUCGAUUACAUGUCUCUCAUUUGCGACCACAAUGCGAAUUUAAGUUACGCACAAACUGAUAGAUUUUCGGACGACUUUUUUAAAGUAAUUGAUGAAAUUAAACCAAAAUUUCAAAUCCAGGAUUGUAUUUACAUGAAAGUUGACAUCGAUUGUACAAAAUCUUUUGUUCCAAUCAUGACAGAAGACGGUGUUUGUUACACUUUCAACAUGCUCGACCGAGACAUCAUUUUUCGCGAAAACGUCCAAUUUUUCGACAAUUACCACGUCGCCCCCUAUAACACAACCGACUGGCAUUUGGAAAACGGCUAUAAGCCAGAUGCUGGACUCACCCCAUACCCCCUUCGGGCCUAUUUAUCGGGGGUUUCCUGGGGCCUGAGUUUCAAAAUUGUCACUCCUAACCAAAACCUUGACUACGCUUGUAAAAACUCCCUCCAGGGCUAUAAAGUGCUCCUCCACACCCCCAUGACCAUCCCCCGCCCCAACCAAAAAUAUUUCAGGAUCCCCCUCGAUCAGAGCGUCGUGGGGGCUGUGCAACCCGUCAUGAUCACGACCUCUGACACAAUCAAAGCCUACAACCCCCAGCGUCGCAAGUGCUACUUCGCUGCUGAAAGAAAACUGAAAUUUUUUGAGGAUUAUACGUCGUCCAAUUGCAAACUGGAGUGUUUGGCGAAUUGGACGUCCGAUCUUUGCAGCUGCGUUAAUUAUUUCAUGCCGAGAGAUAAUGAAACUGAUAUUUGCGGCAGCUCCAGUGUGGAAUGCAUGGAAUUGGCUGAAUCAUUUAUGCAUAUGGUGGAUUUGUCGAUAAAAAUUGAAAAUCUGGAUGAGAAAGAUACUAAAAAUUAUGAUUGUGACUGUUUGCCAGUUUGUUCGGAUUUAACUUAUGAAGUUGAAACGUCGCAGACAAACUGGGAGUGGGAUAAAUGGCUGGAAGCGCACAGAAAUUUGCCUCGGAUUAACAAGAGUUCACAUUUUUCGGCUCUUGCUUUGUUUUUCAAAUCCGAUAAUUUUAUUACUUCGGAGCGAAACGAGUUAUAUGGACCGACCGAUUUUUUGGCUAAUUUUGGAGGACUUUUGGGGCUGUUUACAGGGUUUUCAGUAUUGUCGUUAAUGGAAAUUUUGUAUUUUUUGUCAAUUAGGAUUGUUUGUAAUAUUAGAUUGUACGGACAAUGGUUUGGUACAGCAAGUGAUUUUCCAAUCCACUUUGCACUGAAUUCCCUGAUUCAUCUUAAUUCUAUUAAAUAUAGCUAUCACACACACGCGAAAAUAAAUGUCCUUGUAAAUCCACUCCAACUGCACAAUGUUGCAAUGAUUCGCCCAGAAAUGACCGUAGAGAAGGAACACAGUCAGCAGAGCCCGAUUUUUAAAUAUUUCAAAGAAUACAACGAUGUCACCGGAAUACACGGCCUCAGAUACAUCACCGAAAGGCGAUCGACAUUUGAAAAGAUUUUUUGGACCAACAUCGUGUUAGUCUCACUAGCAUGUUGCUUGUACAUGAUUUACGAAAUUUUGCAAAAAUAUCAAACGAGUCCCGUUGUUGUAAAUUUCUCGACUAGGGACACUCCUGUCUACGAAUUUCCAUUUCCUUCGGUAACGAUUUGUCCAGAGUCGAAAUAUUCGUCGAAAAAAUUCAACUUUACGCAAAUGUACUUCCAACUGACGGAAAGCAACAAAAGUAUUAAUUACGACAAAACCGAGCUACUCUACUUUAAUUACAUCAAUCUGUUGUGUGACAAAAAUUUUAUUAUAAAUAAUGGUGAGAAAAUCCUGGACGAUGACUUUUACCAUCACAUCCACAAGUUGGCACCUGAAAUCGUAAUGGAAUGUGAUUUUAUGGGAGUGACCUACGAUUGCAAAAAUAUUUUGACUCCGGUUAUAACCGAUCAAGGGAUUUGCUAUUCGUUCAAUAUUUUAGACCGUGGACUAAUUUUUACAGAUCACGUGGUCCAACACGACGAUUUUUACGAGGUUUUGAACGACUCGAAACACUUUAAUACAGAUUCUGGUUACGCUCCCGAAUCUGGCAUAGACACAUAUCCUCAAAGAGCUCUAAUGUCGGGUGCUCUCAAUUCACUUGAUGUUUAUUUAAAGACCAACAGCAACGACACCGACUACAUCUGCAGCAAUUUCAUGCAAGGAUUUCGGAUUUUGAUCCACAAUCCGUGGGACGUUCCCCGCUUGACACAGAAUUAUUUUCGCGUCCCCAUUGACAAAAUCGUAACAGCUGCAAUUAGCCCGGAAUUAAUUUUAACUUCAGAUGCUGUCCGAAAAUUUUCACCUGAUGCUCGACAAUGUUAUUUGAGCAGUGAACGGUCGUUGCGUCAUUUCAAAGUCUAUACACAGUCGAAUUGUCUGUUCGAGUGUCUGACCAACUACACGCUGGAAAAGUGCGGUUGCGUUAAUUAUUUUAUGCCAAGAGAUAAUUUGACACGUAUUUGCGGCAGCGGAAACGUUGAUUGCAUGGAGGAGGCCGAAAGCGAAUUGAAAACUAAAAAUUUCGGCGAUCGAUUGUCGGGAAAAAUGUUGUGUGAUUGUAAACCACCUUGUACUUCUUUAAUGUAUCAGGUCGAAACGUCUCACAGUGAUUUCUAUUGGCGGGAAUAUUUCAAAAUUCGGAAACGGCACAACUUGAAGAUAGACUGGAAGGACGCAAAAGACGAGGAUCACUGGUCGGUUUUGUCUAUUUUUUUCAAAGCUGAACAGUUUAUGACUUUGGAAAGAAAUGAGCUGUAUGGAGUUUGCGAUUUGAUAGCGAAUCUUGGAGGGCUGUUGGGAUUGUUUACCGGAUUUUCGUUGAUUACAAUGGUGGAAAUAAUUUAUUUUUUGACUUUACGGAUUUGGUGUAAUUAUAAGUUGUUUGGGCGCUGGUCGGGAGAGUAAAAUUAAAAUUAAAUCAAAAUAAAAUAU